AUGGCCUCUCAAAUAUGGAACCAGGUCGCUAGGGCCUGCCUUGCUGCUAGUCGCCCCAGGACUGCUCUUUUGGUUCCAACGCUCCGUCAGUCAUUUCUGCUGGCGCGAAUUCCAAGUCGCUAUGGUCUAGUUCAGCCCAUUCAACGAGGAUUCGCUGUCGAGGCGACGUCGAGAGUGCUCAGGCCAGAGUCGGUCACGCCAGCAAGCGCCGUCAAAGUCGAUGAAGAUAUUUCCGACGACAAGCCGCUCUUCUCUUCGCUGCAAGGCAAGGUUCACGACAAGACUCUCAAGGCUUUGACCCAGUCGCCGUUCCAGUAUAACCACAUGUCGGUCGUGCAAGCUGAAGUUCUCCCACUUCUCCCCGGUCUUGCUCAGCCUCGCGCAGAAAACCCAGAAUCCAAGGACUUGCUGGUCAAGGCCCGAACGGGUACUGGCAAAACCAUCGCAUUCCUGGUGCCAGCCCUCGAAGCUCGCGUCAAGCAGCUCGAGGACGUCGCUCCCGGAGACCGCAGAGUUCAGCACCGGUACGCGAUGGACAACGUCGGCGCCCUCGUCAUCUCCCCUACGCGUGAAUUGGCGACCCAGAUCGUGCAGGAGGCCCAAAAGCUCACCACCCAUCACCCUGGCUACCAAGUACCCAUGUUCGUCGGUGGCCUUGACAAGAGGCGGCAACUCGAGGCGUUCCAGCGCGGGCGGAAGGAUAUUUUGGUCGCGACCCCCGGACGUUUGAUGGAUAUGUUGACGGACAGCCGUUCUGGCGUUGCGCAGACACUCAAAAACACCAAGAUGCUUAUCCUCGACGAGGCCGAUACGCUGUUGGACAUGGGCUUCCGCGAUGACAUCGAAGCCAUCAUGCGAUAUCUCCCCGACACCACCAUCCGGCAAACCCUGUUAUUCUCUGCCACUGUCUCUCCCCAGAUUCAACAAAUUGCUCAGAGACAUCUUUCAGAGAACCAGCUAUUCAUCAACUGUGUUUCUGACGACACUUCUCCCGUCCAUGCCCACAUCCCUCAAUACCACACCAUCAUCCCUAGCCCCAAGGAUCAAAUUCCUCACGUCCUCCGUCUCAUCUUCCAGGACCAGCUGGAACACGGUGACAAGUCCAAGAUCAUUAUCUUCCUUCCCACCACCAAGAUGACACAGCUGCUCUCGACCAUCCUCUACGAGUUGUCCACCGCCUCGUUCCCUAUGACCCGCACGUACACCUACGAGAUUCACUCGAAGAAGUCCAUGUCCGGUCGCACCAGUGCUUCGAACGGAUUCCGCAAGUCGAACCGUGCCAGCAUCUUGGUGACGUCUGACGUGUCUGCUCGCGGUGUCGACUACCCCGGUGUCACUCGCGUCAUCCAACUCGGCCUACCCUCAAAGCCUGAGCAGUAUGUUCACCGUGUUGGACGAACCGGUCGUGGUGGAAGCAAUAUUGGUCGCGGCGAUCUCGUCAUCGCCGCUUGGGAACACGAAUUCGUGAAGCGCAAUCUCAGCCACAUCCCUCUCAAACCUCUAACCGUCAAGGACCUCCGCGAGGAGGUCGAGAGCUCCCUCCAACCCAAGGUCGAAGGUGGAAAGCCCCAUCACGGUCUAAUCCGCUACCAAGACUUGGAACGCAAUACUUCUGAGGUCCUCGCCCGUCUCGACGAAGGUGCCGUGUCAGAGACCAUGAUGUCGCUCCUCGGAUUCUAUGUCAGCAUGAUCUCGCAGCUUCGUGCAAGUCCUGAACAGGUUCUCAAGGAGAUGCAAGACUGGACUACGCAGGGUCUUGGGCUUACCAAGGCACCCUACGUCUCCGCCGGUUUCUUGCAGAAGAUUGGGCUUGGUAGCGCUGCCAGGUCUUCGAGGGGAGGAGGAUUCAACCAGCGUCGUCCCUCUCAGACGUUCGGCGCGAGGAGGGAGUGGAGGGAUAAUGAUGGGGAGAGUUCCCGCCGGUCUUCUGGACGAGGCUAUAUGAGGGACCCUGAGAAUUCUGACCGCAAGCCUUGGGAAUCGCGUCGUCCUUCGACCAACAAGCCUUGGAUCGACCGCCGCCCCGCUUCUGACGGCGACAGGUCCAACGACGAUUUCGAAGCCUCCCGCCCCCGAUAUUCUACGGGACGAUACGAACGCGGUGAAGGAUACCAGAGCCGGCGUUCCAGGUCUUGGGAGUCGAGGGGCUCCCGCGGUUCAAAAGAUGACUUUGACUUCUAA